AUGGCGCCUGAAAUUGUAAAGAAUGAACGGUAUUCGUAUGGUGUGGAUUGGUGGGGUCUUGGAUGCCUCAUCUACGAAAUGGUCGAAGGGAAGGUAUACUUUUAA